AUGUCGCCGUCCACCAUGCGCGAGCGCAUCGCCAACGGCGAGUUCCUGGUGAUCAUCGAUGGCCUGGUGGUCAAGCUCAACAACUUUAUCAGCAAACACCCGGGCGGCCCGCUCGCCAUCAUGCACAUGGUGGGCCGUGAUGCGACCGACGAAGUCCAUUCAAUGCACCUGAAAGAAGUCAUUGACGACAUUAUGCCGCGUUGGGCUGUCGCCACAUUUGUCCCUGGAGAGAAGGACGGAUUCAAAGUGUCGUACGUCGAGGAUAUGGAGCUGCCGUAUUCGGCUGCGCGCUCGGCAGUCAGCGAGGGCGAGCGGACCAAAGAGGGUACAGACUACGCUGCAAUUCAACAUGACUUCCGUCAGCUCGACCAGAAAUUGCACGACGCUGGCUACUACAAGUGCAACUACUGGGACUACGCAUUUGACAUCGCCCGAUACAUCACAUUCUUCGCCACUGCUGUAUCUCUGAUCAUCUGGGGUCCACAUAUCAUAUGGACCUACCUGCUGGCAGGUGUCAGCACUGCGCUGCUGUGGCAACAGUUGGCCUUCCUGGCACACGACCUUGGCCAUAACGAGGUCACAGGGAACUCGAAAUUCGAUAUGGUCGUGGGCAUCUGCAUCGCCGAUUUGCUUGGCGGUCUUAGCGUCGGCUGGUGGAAAAAGAACCACAACACGCACCACAUCGUCACCAACGACAUCGACAACGACCCGGAUAUCCAGCACAUGCCGUUCUUUGCCAUCUCGACAAAGUUCUUUGAGAGCCGCUACUCGACGUACUACAACCGCAUCAUGGAGUUUGACGCCGCCGCCAAGUUCUUCAUCUCGAUGCAAGACAAGCUGUAUUAUCUGAUCAUGUGCUUUGCACGCUUCAACCUGUACGUCUUGAGCUGGAACUACAUGCUGUUCAGCGACUUUGCGCCGUUCCGCUCGCUGGAGCUUGGCUGUGUCGGACUCUUCCUCCUCUGGUUCAGCUACCUCCUCUCGUACAUCCCAACCUGGCAGUACCUGCUCACCUACAUUUUCGUGUCUCACUCGGUGUCUGCCAUCCUGCACAUCCAGAUCACGCUCUCGCAUUUCGCCAUGUCGACCGAGUCGCCCGACCCCGAGCGCGAGUGCUUUGCGGCGCGGCAGAUCCGCACAACCAUGGACGUCAUCUGUCCUACCUACUUUGACUGGUUCCACGGCGGCCUGCAGUACCAAAUCGAGCACCAUCUGUUCCCGCGUCUGCCGCGGCACAAGCUGCGCAGCGUGCAGCCCAUGGUCCGAGAGAUUUGCAAGCGGCACGGUAUGGACUUUAUGGAGUUCUCGUUCAUUGACGGAAAUGUCUACACGAUUCGCUGGCUUGGCGAGAUUGCCAGCCAGGUCAAGAUGUAUACGCCACCGUGUUGGCUUCGAGACGGUAAAGAAUUUCAAAGCCACUAUACCAAGCCAACCACAUAAAAGCUUGGCAUCCUGGACCACAUGGCCCUGUAUUUUUCUCCUCAGUCAUUUUUGAUCAUGACUUGUUUUUCAACUAAAAAAAA